CAUCUUCACUUCUUCCCCAAGAAGAACGCCACGGAGAAACAGAAAUUGGGAAAGAGGGAGAACGAAAAAUCCCGCUGUGCUAGAGGAAGAGCAUCUUCAUCAAGGACUUUCUCAGAACUUAUUUACGCGAAAUAGCAAAAGCAAGGCAAUUAAAAUGAUGCAGUCAAUGGGUUUCAAAGCAGAGGAAGGUUUGGGAAAACACGAUAGUCAGCCAAUGUUGGAACCAUUAACUCUAGAAAGAAAAAAUGAUAAAUCAGGAUUGGGACAUGUCAAUGAAAGAAAACGUUUAUUAGAGGAACUGCUGGUUGAAGAACAGCAACAAUCUAAAAAGCAGGUUGUUGAGAUUGAAACAUUUGAAAAGCAUCAGCGGCAGGUGUAUUCGGAGAAACAAACUGCAAAAUAUCUUCGAGGUGCUCUUUCCGUACUGGAACGACUUGAGGAAGACAAAUUGGAGGCCCAAGGGAAGCCGCUAAACGAAACGGAUUGUCAUCCUUUUCUAAAAACUAUGAUAGAAACUCGCAAAGCAGCGGAGGAAGAACGAAGAAAGCGAAUUCGUCGUAUGAACGGUUUACAAUCGAACAGCGACAGCGAUGACGAGUUAUCCUCUCAAUCUCCACAGUACCUAAGUGAAGAUGUUCCUACUUCGGACGAUGAGACGCCAGACACUUCUGUGUCCAAAUCGCCGCGAACAGAAUUCGAUACAGCCGAGGAUUCUAUGAAACUCAACAUGUUAUUAAAUGAGCUACGGACUAAAUAUCUCUACUGCUUUUGGUGUGGCAGCAAGUACACAGACAAAUCCGACUUGGAAAUGAAUUGCCCUGGAUUGGAUGAGGAAUCGCAUUAAAACGGCCAGUUAAUAUCGGUUCACAGCUUCAGCGACAAUUGUAAAACACCGUUUAUGGCGUUGAUAUCUAAGUCUCAUUCUUGCGGCAGCGCCGCCCAUACCCAGCCCCAAGACUACACCACUUCAGCAAUUACAAGGUACGUUUACGGUUUUGUGAGAUAGAAUAAACUACGGUUCAGUCUCAAGACGUUC